GCUUGUUUGAAACAUUUCUACGCGCUGUAUUUGUUUCGUUGAUCUGCGCUUUUCGGUUGCCCUCGAGCUGAUAUUGAUUUCAUCAAGCUGAGGGCAACCGAGUGUAGAAAGCAAAUUGCAAAUCUUGGGUCUUGUUCUAAACGCCUGCGCAACGCGAGAAGUGUCAUCUGUGUAACAACCCAGUCGGACGCUUGUCGAUGUAUCACGAACCCACCAUGAGAUCACCUUGUCUGUGUCUCGUCCUCACCCUCGCGGGCCUCGGUGUCGCGGAGGUAGUCACCGUCACCGUCCCCGCCGCCAUCCCCUCCAACGUCCCCGAGUGGAAGCAAGACAAGACAUUCACCUCGGCCAUCCUCAACAGCACCAACUUCUACCGCAGCGAGCACAACGCCACGGCGCUGACGUGGAACGAGACGCUGGAGGACUUCGCGGCCGACUACCUCGACGGCAACGACUGCGCGUUCGAGCACUCGGGCGGGCCGUACGGCGAGAACCUCGCCAUCGGGUACCCCAACGCGACGGCCAGCGUCGAGGCGUGGGGCGACGAGCGCGACGAGUACAACUUCAGGCGCGCCAAGUUCAGCCACGCCACGGGGCACUUCACGCAGCUCGUGUGGAAGGACACGACCGACGUGGGGUGCGGCCGGCGGCUGUGCGGCGAGAGCGGCUGGUAUCUCGUGUGCGAGUACUGGCCGCGAGGGAAUGUCAUCGGGGCGUUCAAGGAGGAGGUCCAGGCACAAGAGAGCGAGGGCGCCGUCUAUAAGCCAAGGGUUGGUGUUAUGCUACUGAUGGUGCUGGGAUGUGUGUUAUUCUGGGUAUGAGGGAUCAGACGCUGGGAGUUUAGGUGUGGUUUGCAUGGGA